AGCUGCCGAACACAAAUGGCGGCGGGCCCGAGGCCCCCGCAGAGCCCGCGCCUGCCCGUUCUCACGAUGGCCGCGGGGCCGCGCCAGGCUCGGUGGCCGCCGCUCCCUCACACGGCUCGGCCGCGCCCCCCGCUCGGCUCGCCCGGCACGCGGGGCGCUCCCAUUGGCCCGGAGCGUGGCGGGCGCUGAUUGGACCACGUUCCUCGGCUCCGCCGCCUCCACCAACGAGCGCCCGCGGCCGUGGCGCGCGUGCGGCUGACGCGGAAAUCUGAAUGGGGCUCGCGCGGCGGCGCUGAGGGGCUCGGUGGGGCUGCCCCGCUGCGCGUGCCGGGCUAGCGCGCCCUCGCCAUGGGGCCCGGCCCCGCCGCCCGCACGGGGCCCGCUCGCCCGGCCCGCACCGCCUCGGCCGCGCUGCUCUGCGCCGCCCUCCUCUGCCUGCUGCUGCCGCCCGCCGCCCGCGGCGCCGGGGAGCGGCGGCGCCUGGCGUGCUCCACCUGCCGGGGCAUCGUGGAUAGGUUCAACCAGGGCUUAGCAGAUACAGCUAAAAAGAACUUUGGUGGUGGAAACACUGCUUGGGAAGAGAAGACGCUGUCAAAGUAUGAGUCCAGCGAAAUUCGUCUUGUAGAAAUCACAGAGAACCUGUGUGACAGUAGUAACUUCGAAUGCAACAACAUGGUAGAAGAGCAUGAAGAACAUAUAGAGAAAUGGUGGUUCAAAUUAAAGAAGAAGUAUCCUGAUUUGUUUAAGUGGUUUUGCAUUGAAACAAUAGAAGUUUGCUGCCCUGCUGGAACUUAUGGACCUGAUUGCCUUGCUUGUCGUGGUGGGUCAGAAAGACCUUGCCAUGGAAAUGGCCACUGUGAUGGUGAUGGUACCCGAGGUGGAGACGGCUCGUGUAGCUGUAACAAGGAGUACACAGGAGAAUUUUGUUUGGACUGUUCCAGUGGUUACUUCAGUACCUUGAGAAAUGAGACACAUUCUGUUUGUACAGCCUGCCACGCUGCCUGUAAAACUUGUACUGGUUCAAGUAACAAGGACUGCCAAGACUGUAAAGAAGGCUGGAUUAAAGACGAAGGUGGAGCUUGUGUGGAUUUAGAUGAGUGUGCUUCUUCUCCUUGCAAAGAUCACCAGUAUUGUUUGAACACAGAUGGAUCUUUCUUGUGCAAAGGAUGUGAUGCCAGCUGUGUAGGUUGCACGGGAGAAGGUUCUGACAAAUGUAAGACCUGUGCAUCUGGAUAUGUGAAGGAAGAUGAAAAGUGUACAGAUAUAGAUGAAUGUAACCUUCCUGAAAAGGUCUGCAUAAAAGAGAAUCAAGACUGUGUUAAUACAUCAGGUAGUUACAAGUGUGUAUGUUCAGAAGGGUUUGAAGAUAAGGAUGGCACAUGUGUUCAAACUGUAAAACCAGGAGAGGAAGUAGAGAGUGAAAAAACUGAGCCUUCACAUACUGGACAUGAUGACUUAUGAUCUUUGUUCAGAACCAAAAGACAUUCCUAUCUAAAGUUUUAAAUUAUUGGACUAAGCCUCUGCUAAGCUGACAUACUGUGGAAAUGAUAUUAAAUAUGCAGGUUGCCAUUAAGAUUUUUUUUUUAAAUGGUGAUAACCUGCUCUUUAAGCUGCAUUUCUUUAUUCUUAAAUCUCCCUUUUUAUAUAAUUCUUCAAGAACAACAUUUAGAUGGGUUAGUAUAAAAUUUGAAUGAACACAACAUUGUACCCAGCAAAUGUAAACAAUUUACAGGCUUCUUGUUCUAGUGCCUACUGAAAACUGUUAUCUUUUGGAAGAAUUGAGUUGCACUUCGUAAUUCAAGGAAAAUUUAGACUUAAGUUUGAUGUUUCUAAUCAUGAGAAAUAUUUCUGUAACUGAAAUACAGCUUUUGGAAACUAUCAAAGGGAAUCUCUUUGGGGGGGAAGCACUGUUCCCUUAAACAAAUAGAAUGCCUAAUAUUGCAUUCAAUAAAAGUUUAUUUUGUUGGAA